UGUCGGAAAGCGCACUGUUUUUGGGCUGCUUGAUUAUGCUAGCGGUGCAGCUAACGAGAGCCUGCUAACCCUGGCGUUUAUUCGAUUUUAAAUACAAGAUUUGUUUACAGUUUGUCGUUAAGGACUCUGCUAUGGCUUAUUUUCUUAAUUUUCGUCAAAAUGAUUGGCUUCUGGGCGAGUUCUGUCCUUCUUCUUGCGUUGGUAUUUAGUGUCAGACAAAACAUCCAGUGAGGCUGUUUGCUAAUGUUACAGUGUUUGCUUUGAGCUAUGUAAGCAUAGGACGACAAUUGUUUUCUGCUGCGGACAAACUCAAACUGGGGACAGUCAGCUGAAUAACCUCUCCCAUCCCCCUUACCCCCUCUGUCAGAGCAUGGCUCAGGAGACCAAUCAGACACAGGUGCCAAUGCUUUGCACUAUGGGAUGUGGUUUCUAUGGUAACCCCCGCACCAACGGCAUGUGCUCAGUCUGCUACAAGGAACACCUUCAGAGACAACAGGGAGGGGGGAGAUCAAGCCCCCCAGGAGAGAAAGGUUCAGCUGCCACAUCACCAUCAGGGUCACCAAGUUCAGCUGGUGUGACUGUGGAGAGUACAACCUCAGAGCCCUGUACAGAGGUGGCAGGAACCCCACCUGAGGAACAGACAACCAGCCCCAGCUCUCCUAGCCCAGUAACCCAACAGAUGACAGCCAUGAGCAUUUCCCAGGAUUCAGGAGCUGUAGACUCUGAUCGAGCGGAGGCUGAUGAGGGAGAAGAGGAGGGUACUUCCAGCAGCUCGGAGCCAGUAGGGGAAGCAGCACAGGCUUUGUCUGAUAGUGACCAAACUCCUGAUAAAAACAAGAAAAAGAACCGCUGCUUCUCUUGCCGGAAGAAAGUAGGCCUUACUGGUUUUGACUGUCGCUGCGGCAACCUGUUCUGUGCCAUUCACCGCUACUCUGACAAACACGACUGUCCCUACGAUUACCGGAGUGCAGCCGCUGCCCGCAUACGCAAAGAGAACCCCAUCGUGGUGGCUGAGAAGAUUCAGAAGUUAUGAGGACUGAAUGCAAAAAAGAAAAAGGCUCUGACUUUGUGAAUUUGAACAAUGGCGACUUGGAUGAAAACAACUGAUAUCAUGGCUUCAUUUGUUCAUGGUAGUCUAAUAAGACGGGUGGGGAGGGGUGGUGAGGUCGCAGCCACUGUCCAGACGCUUCCCUUACUAGCAUCUCCCUCUCUCUCUCUCUCCGCUAGUGACUGCAGCUGAACCUGAGUGAUUGUGUGUGUGUGUGGAUGAAAGUGUGCGUGAGUGCAUAUUUGCUUGAGAGUCGGGGGAGAGAGCCGUAUGGGCUUGGUGGACAUUAGUGUUGCUGUGGGGAGGGGAGGCAUUUUGAUUUUUACCCCUUUUUGUUUCUUAACGUGGGGGGAAGGUGUGAGCUUAUUUUUAUACAAUCCCUGUAAGGUAGUUAAAGCUCGACAGGGUUAAGCUGUUAAGGAAUGUGUCACAGCCUGCAAAACGGCACAGAGCUCAAUUAAGGUCUAGCAAGUAAAAAAAAAUAAAAACUAACCGGGGGAAUUCAUUUAUCAGCGAGACCUUUUAAGGGCUUUGGAAUAUAAAUUUUUCUUUGAGACUGAAAAUGAUGUCAACCUCUUGUCAAAUUGGCAUUUUUCUUUUCUUCCCUCCUCUUUACUCUCUGGGUUACCACGUUAGACUCCCAAGUCUCAGCAAUUUCCAGAAAUGUUUCUCUUUGGUAUAUUGACUUAUCAUACUGAUAUUGGGUGCAUGAACAGUUAUUAGAGGGGGAGGGCAAGGGGAGGGGAAACCUUGACUUAACUGAGUGAUUGAAUUCUGUGUUUUAUUUUUAUUUUUAUUUUUUUCGUUUUAAUGAGCGUAUGACAUCAGAAGAUCUAUAUUAAUAUAUUGUAGUUAGCUUGAAUUGUGUGAUUGCAUUCUAUUUAUUUUUUAUCGUUUGGUUGGUCUGUGCUGGAGGAUUGGCAGCAUGUGUCAGCAAAUCGUUCUGAUUUGCACUAAAUCUUUACAAUUAUAUUAAAGUAAUUCCAUCUUGAUUAUAUAACCAUUGAAAAAAAUACACAAGCUCUGACAUGAUGAGGUAGAGUCCCGUUAAGCCGCUACAGCUACAGUCGUGCAGAAAAACGUCCAAUGUUUUGGAACAAAGCACAACAGAGCGUGUCAGCUGCAGAGCACAAACUAAUGUGCCAUACCUACUCAGUUUUGUUCAGCAUCUCGGUCAUUUGCAGUUUAUAUUUGAUCUCUACAGGAGGCUUUAUGAAGAAAUGGCCUCGUACGAGACAAUUUUAAACGUUCUUUUUUAGCAGGAUUUUGUGUUCAUCUUGAAUGCCACUUUCUGUUCCAUGGAGUCUGAACGAACUCCGUGUUUCUCUGACCACCAGCAGACCACUGACACAUGCUGAAUGAAAACUGACCCAGGUUGCAGUCACUCUUGUCCUUGGCACACCCUCUGCUAAAGUACAGAUUGUUGCAAUGCUACAGAGCUGCGUGCUGCGUUUUUAUGAUGUGCUAGAUGCAGACGAGUCCUUACUUUGAAGGCUGCUUCUUGCUCGCUUCUUUUAGAGAGAUCAAACUAACAUGCAUGUGUGCAGUCCGAUGUAAGAGUCGCAGUUUUGUGACUGGCUGCACAGUUUGAAAUGAAGCUCGAAUGUUUUAAAAGCCACGCAGCAGCAGUAGCACAAUGCAUGGCUGGAACCCCAAAGGUUCAAGUUAACAGGACUCUACGAUCUUUUUCCAAAUGUAAAUACCAUAUGGCUCCUAUUCAUAUAGUAUACUCUUACUGUAGAUUUUUGCCAGGUAAUAAAGGUGGGGACUAAGGUGAAGAAUAAUACUGUGUAUAAAAGUGCUUUACAUAAUUAUCAAAAAAAGACAGAUUUUCCCAGAUUACUCCCCUUUUAUUACAAGUUCUUUACCACAUCAUCUUUACUUAUGUACUGUCCAAAGUUUGUUCAUUUCUGGCUCCAUCCUGAGUGUCUCCUGCAGGACGUCUAUUUAACAAUAACAGAUCAUGGAGAAACUCCUGUAAGCUUUAUUAACCUAGCUAAAUUACACAGUAUCCAAGCCUUUGCUUUCUAUUGCUACUGAAAUCUUUCAUAGCAUUGUGAUGUUCCUGAAAGCUAAAAAGGCCCCUUGCGAAAUGAAGAGGGAUAUUUGAGGUUUCACCUUUUCAUUAUCAAAGCUUUCAUUGUAAGUGUUGCUUGACCUCGAUCAUUAAAUAUGUAUGAAAGAGCUGUAGAAAAGUUGCAAGAACUUUUCAAAGUAUGCAUUUAUAAAAGAGGCAUAGUAAAACUUUUGGGGCGGGGGGGUUAAUGACACUUUUUCCUACGCAGAAUAUCCAGCUGUGCAGGGUUCAGUUUGGUUUUGGCACCUUUGAUUGGAAAAUGGGCUUACAUCAAAAUUCCUGUGUGGGUGAUGGACACGUCUAAAUGGCUUUGAGACCUGGCAUGCCAAUGUUCAGACUUUUUUUCUGGGAUAAGUUGGUCAUUUAAAGCCACUGACUGUGUUUUUGUCAGCACUAAUGGAAAACUGAGAUUUAAGGGUUAUAUGGGGAGACUUGAAUGAUGAUUACAUGCAAGGAGAAUGAUGUUCAGGGGACACUGCAGCUUGAUGUUCCCUGUUAUUUAUCUUUAUAUAUGCAGAAGCUUGCCUGCUGGAUUUAUGAUCAUAACAAACUGUCUACUAAAUGCUUGAUUUUCAUUUACAGUUAAGAGGAAUAAGUCCUUUACUUUGGAUGAUUGUUCAGCUGUGUAAAACGGUGAAUAUUUCACAGUUUAUGCUGGCUGUUUCUAGUGACUGCUCAUAUCAGACCCCAUCUUUUAUUUUGUUAAACAUGGGCAGUUUGAAUGUAAUCCACCAUAAUUCACAUAGUUAUGUUAUGCCAUUUAUCAGACUACCUGGCCCUGAUAUUGGCUAUGUCUCUGGACAGAUGAUGGAGACUGAAAUUUCCUACAUUUGAUUUGAGACAGUUGGAUAACUUGAAUCAGUUUGACUGUUUAUGACAAGAACUUGGCACCAGCAGUUAGGGCAACCAUACCUGAAUAAAUGAGAUAUCAGUUCAUACACGUUUUCUUCCUUCAGUUUUUCUUUGAUAGAGUUUUGAUGUCUUCGAUCCUGUCUUUAGCACAACCUUUCAUGAUCAGUGUCUUCAUUGUGCAAGGGUUUUGAUUGAUAAUGAUGAUAAACCUGUCAUUUGGGAGGAGUUGGGUUGAAAUUCAGUUUCACUGCAGUAGUGAAGUAAAAUGACAAUGACAUGAAUCAUUGUUUAUUAAGAUGAGCUUGAGGGACAUCAGGUGAAAUCUACAAUGUUCACAAAGCUGUAGUUCUUGUCCCUUGGCACUCCAGUCCCCCAGAAACACCACCAGAUAUCUUUUUAUUUUGUUUUUCUUUCAAGAUUUAGGAUUGUAUGAUGUGUAAGAGUAAGUAUAAAACAAUAAAUUCACAAAGUUUA